AUGGGAUUAGAACUCUACCAUUUAACGUUACAACGUCAAUCAAACUAUGUUCAUUCGUGUACGGGACAUUUUGUAGACCACGGACCCAGUGUGAAGCGGAAAUCCAGAAAGGAUUACCAGGUAUGUAUCGCUACCGAGACCCAUUUGGAGCUGUACGAUGUGGAAGAAGGAAACUUUCGGAAAUUGGCAGUGGUGCCGAUAUUCGCCACAAUAACAGCAAUGCAGAGUUUGCCCGUGGAAACCAACUAUUCUUAUUUGAUUUUGGUAACAGAUGCCGGAAACUUGUCUUUGCUACAGUUUGUUAACGAUUCAGGAACCAUCAGAUUGCAUUCAUUGUUUAAUGAGCCCUUUGCGAGAAGCGGAGUUCGUAAACUCUCUCCACAACGACAUUUGCAAGUUGACCCACAAGGUAGGUGCAUUUUUCUGUCCGCAACGGACCGCAACAAACUCUGUUACCAGACAGAUUUUAGAAAUAAUACCCUAAAUGUUUCUUCCCCGCUAGAAUUUCAAAGACCUAAUCGCAUCACUAUAUCGACAACUAUUUGCGAUGUAGCGUUCGAUAAUCCGGUGUACGCGUCGUUGGAAAUCGAUUCCUCAGAUUUGUCGAGAUAUUUGGUAUUUUACAUGCUAGAUUUGGGUCUUAAUCAUGUGUUGCAACAAAGCGAACACCCGUUACCGCGCGAUGCGCAUUUCAUCAUCCCGGUUCCAAACCUAGAGAGAUUUGGAGUCACCACUAAAUCGGAAGACCAAACCAAUCCUUUUGUCAUCAUAGCGAGUGAAAACAAACUAAUUCUAAAAGACGCGCAUGGACAUUUCAAUUUACAAGUGCAACUCCCGACUCGCGAAACCACUGCUAUAGUGAUUAUAGCCUCCACGGUACACAAAUUGAAAAAAGAGUUUUUCAUCUUAUUGCAAGCCCACAAUGGAGAUUUGUACAAAGUACAAAUUAAGGCCGCCAACUCUAUACCCAAAAUCAUCGUUACAUUUUUUGACACCAUUGAACCUUCUUCGCAUCUUCACAUUUUUAAAAAUGGAUUAUUCAUGGCUCUUCAAGAGUUUUCAUGUUUUAGCCUUUACGAGUUUGAAAGUCUCGGUGAUGACACCAAUGCACUUACAUCCGAUGAACCGGACAAAAUUCUGAGAAUUUCGCCCAAAUCCACUUUGGAAAAUAUUUCCGUUCUCGAGCGCUCGAAAUGCUUGAAUCCCAUUCUGUCAUUGAAUGUUGUUGAAAGCACUCCAUUAACCAUAUUGGCACAACCAUCUUUACAAAAAUUGGUCUCGGGGGUCAAUUUCAGCGAACUUAUAACCUCGCCCUUGCCACCAAAUGCUAGUGGAAUCUGGUCAAUUCGCCCACCUACGGAUCCAUGGCAUCGACUCGUAUUCUUGGGACUACCAAAAUCCACUAUGAUUCUCGAUAUAGAAGAUGGAACCCUAGAAGAAUUAGAUCCCGCUAAUAACAAGUUUAAAAUUGACGGUGAUCAAACUGUCUUCGUUGGUAUUAUGGGUGAAAGAUCAGUCAUUCAAGUGUGUGGGAACUCUAUGUUACAUGUUAACUAUGACAAAAAAAAACUCACCCUGAAAUCUGAAUGGCUUCCGCCUGCAGGGAUCAAAAUUUUAAAAGCCACUUGCUCUUCUUCUCAGCUAGCGUUGGCACUUUCAAAUAAUGAAAUUAUUUAUUUCGAGCUUGAUAUCGCUACGGAAUCGCUGAAUGAGUACCAGGAAAGGAUCGAACUUCCCGAAAGGAUAACCGAUUUGAGUAUUCCCAAGACCUUUAGGUGCGAUUUUCUCGCGGUUGGAUGUCUUGACUCUUCUGUCAAAAUAAUUGGGUUGCGACAAUCGGAUGAAGAAAAUUUCAUGGAGGUAAUCUCGAUGCAAGUUUUGACGUCACCUCCCCACAGUUUGAAGCUAACGCUUUCAAAAUCCGCAUUACUCUUGCACAUUGGGUUAGAUUCUGGUGUUUACAUGCGUUCAAGUGUAGACAAAGUGGAUGGCCAAUUGUUUGACGUACGAACUAAAUUCUUGGGGUCAAAAUCCGUCAAAAUUUCAGUUCUUUCUCAAAUUGAUUUCAAGUCAGCGCAGCUUGAGUCCGAAGAAGAAGAUGAUAACGAUGACGAGGAAGAGAUUGAUGAAUCAGUUAUUGAACAAUCGUCGUGCGCUGUUGUGCACUGUGAUAAGACUUGGCUAAGCUAUGAGAUUGACGAAUUGCUAUACGUGAGACCUUUGAUUCUCCCGAGAAACAUGUCGUUGGAAGCAAUAGCAGAAUUCAGGACUAACGACCUCAAGUCAAAUGGUUAUUGUGCCAUUUCUUCCCGUGGCUCUCUAAUAAUUGGCCGCGUUGAUAAGUUCACGGAGGUGGACAAUUGGUUUCAACACAAUGACAUGAUGAGUACCGAUGAGGAAGAGGUUGCAACUGUGCGACAGUAUCAAGGCCGUACAAUAGCAACGGAUGUUUCUGAUAAGAAAGUGCAGUAUGUUAUCGAAAAUGACACCUCUGCAAAACGCUGUCGUAUCUGUGUCUACCGUUCUGGAAUCCUGCUGAGUAUAGGUUUGGAGGACGAUACAGAAUUCAUUAUUAACGACACUACGUGCCUUGAUGCUAAAGUCGUUCAAUUUGGAUCCAGUGAAAACUACUUGGUUUUAUCCACAAAUGACAUGAAGUUAAAAACCUACCUUCUCAAGGUUGAACGAAAAGAUACUAAAAGAACUGUGGUCCUCGAAUUCAUUCAUGACACUAUAGUUGAUGACAAAAUUAAUUCAAUGGUAUCUUUCAGAGACAAAUUACUUGUUCCCUUAAUGGGCAAUAUAGUUCUUUACGCAAUGGGGCGUAAACAAUUGCUGAAAAAAUCCAUUUCGAUUACGCCCCCUUCCAUUACAAAAGUUGUAUGUGUUCGUCAGUGGGAAGACCAGAGAGUUGCGAUUGGAGACAUUCAUGAAUCUGUAACGCUAUUCCUUUUUGACAAACGACUCAAUCAGUUUAUCUCUCUUGCCGAUGACGUCGUGAAGAGACAUGUAACGGCAUUGGAAUUCUUAGACAGAUCAACUGUCAUAGGAGGCGAUCGAUUUGGAAAUAUAUGGGUGCUACGAGUGCCUCAAGAUAUUGAAAAAAUGAUAGAUGAGGAAUACGCAUACUUCUUGAGCAAAUUUCACAAGAACAAUAAUAGUGAAAUUUCCCGGAACAUUAUGGAAUGUCCAUGUAAAUUGGACCUAGCAAACCAUUUCUAUGCUAAUGACAUCCCUAUAUCAUUCAGCGUUGUGAGAAACUUACAAAUGUCAGAUAGAACUUCUGUGAUUUAUGCUGGUUUGCAAGGUACAAUUGGCUGUUUAAAACCAUUAGUGACAAAAAGCGAAGUUGAGUUUAUGCACAAAUUACAAGAUUGUCUCAACGAUGCUGACGAAAUAUUUUUCAACGAAAGGGAAGAGGAGCUUGUUCCUUCAGGUGAUGCCGAAUUGGAGCUUAACGUUGAGCUUCGUACGAACACCAAGUCGGGGCAAUUGAGUCCUAGGCCUACAACAGAAGGUGCAUUCAGCUUGGUGGGCCGAGAACAUGUUGUUUAUAGAAGCUACUACGCUCCCCUUAAGGGCGUAGUGGAUGGUGACUUUUGCGAAGGAUUCCUACAUUUGUAUCCAAGCGAGCAAGAAUUUUUGGUCAAGAAACUGGGUUUGAAAAAUAUUACACAAGUGAAAAGUCGGCUGGCCGAAAUACGAACGAAUCACGUAUAA